AACAACAACUUGUUAGUAAAAAAUUGGAAAAAAUGAUUUUGAAGGUCUACUUCCUCUUUGUUUUUGCAAGAGAAGUAUUUUCUAUUGAACUAAAUAGAACCACUACGGUAUGUGAAAACGAAACAGCAAAGCUCUCGUGCAUCAACAACUCGAAUAUUAAAAUUACCAGUGUUCAAGUUGGUCGACUAAAAGAACCGUACCGUAUUCAAACUGGUAGUAUUGAUCUUCUCAGUCUCAGUGAUGAUAAUGUAACACAAACACAACAUCAGUUAGAAGGGGUAUGCAAUGAAAAACAGUCCUGUCUAAUCAAUGAAACUUCUAUCAAUUUUAAACAUUACCAAAUACCAAGGACAAUUGAUGUGUCUUACAGAUGUGAAUAUGAGUAUGUUGGGUGCUAUAUAGACAACUGGUCAAGGGCUUAUCACUUUCAACCUAGAAAUCCACACCAUGAGAUGUCGACACAGAUUUGCUAUCAAUUUUGCUUGAAACAAAAUCAAUUUGUUACAUUUUUUGCAACAGAGAAUGGAAACGAAUGUUAUUGUGGAAAUGGAGAAAAAUUAGGCAAUGGUGCGUAUAGAGCUUCAUCUGGGUGUAAUGAGGCCUGCAAAAAUAACCAAAACCGAGACGAGAUGUGUGGUGGUAAUUGGAGAUUGUCAGUUUACGAUAUGAAUACAGGUAAACAAACAGUCAAUGGCGUGCUAACAAAAAACAAGAUAGACGUUAAGUGCAGCCAUCAUGCUGGUGCAAAAGAUAUAAGUGUAACUCUUCAACAUUCAUCUGUAACCUGUAAAUCUAAUGGAACUUCAGCGAAACGAAAGCUCUCGUUGAGUACUAACGAAGUGUACACUGGUAGAGACUAUUGUUAUCUCCUUGAGAAUAGUGCUGAAUUUAGGGAUGACAAGUCUUGCUAUGAGCCAAUAUUUGCGACAUUGAAUUAUUCUUGUGUUGAAAACCUUGCAACUGUGAUCAGAGAUGACACAAUGAAUAAGGGCGAGCAAAAUGGAACAGGUCUAAUUAUUGGCGCAAUAGGAGGAGUAUCAAUCAUCGUAAUAGCAGCUUUACUGUUGUUGGCAUUAAGGGAGAAGAUACAACACAAAGCUGCGGAACAACAUCCUCAUGACAAGUUAUCUAAUUCGGGAAGGUCAUUUUCUGAGGGGAAUGAUGACAACCAUCUUUAUGCAAAUGAUAAAUCCCCUCAACAAAAUAUGGACGUGUCUAAUGCAGAAAACAUUAUAUACUUGAACUAUGAUGAAAAUUCUGUAGUAUUCAGUAGACCAACUGACGAUACAUGUAACACUAGUCUAAAAGGGAUACAAAAUCAGCCAGCCGACAUUAAACCGGUUAAUCCUGAUACAAGAGUUUAUUGCAACUACACUUCAAAUAUAGCUGGAAUCAACCAUACAUCAGGCGGAGAAAUAACUGACAAUGAUGCAGCUCAAACAGAGGUUGAGUAUGAAUAUACAGACAGAGUGAUGCGGAAGAAUUACAAUGUGUGUAAUGAGACAAAAGAUGGGGUAUAUGAUGUAGGUAGUCAUGUCAGAUCAGAAACAAAGAAUGAAGAUACUUAUGAUCACUUUUUCGGAGAUACUACGGAGGAUGAUUAUGAUAUUUCCUGUAUUAAAAAGAUGUAAUGAUACUAGACUACUUAUUCUGACAAGCUUUGUGAAUGCAAUUCUAUAUAGGAGACAAUAAUAACGAAGUAAUAAACCCUCUGUCAGAGCUAUGGUGACAUGGAUGGAGGCUUUCAUAAAAACAUCUAUCUAAAAAUUAACCGGAUUUUCUUUUGAAAAUAAUGUAUAGAAUAACUUGACGUUAUGCAUUGGAUAUAAUGUUCAUUUUGAAAAGAGACAUUUCUUUCUGAA